AUGAAACAAAGCGAGUCGUCAUCUGUGGAUUUAACAAGCGCUUGGAAGACAUAUUCAAUCAAAGACUGUAUCCAAAUAAUAGCGAAAUCAUUAAAGGAGCUGAAAAAGUCAAUAAGGAAUAAAAUAGGAAUAAAAUAUUGCCGAUUUAAUGAUAUGGUGGCAGAAGAUUUACAAGAUCUACUGCAGGAAACCGAAUUAGAAGAUUCCGAUUUAAUUCAAAUCAUAUCGGAAAGUCCUAAUAAGCAAAAUUCUGAUAGCAGCGACACUGAAGACGAUAGCGAAACUCAUGAAUUAACGGUUAAGGAUCUUCAAAAGGGAAUGAGUCUAGCCAAAAACUUGGAGUCGUUUUUUUUAACAGCCGAUCCUUCUGCUGAAAGGCGAUUAAAGUUUAAAAGAGAACUUGAAAAUUGUAUGUUACCAUACAAACAAAUUUAUAAAAAACUGUCAAACAAACAGUCAAAACUAACAGAUUUUUUAAAAAAACAGCCCCAAAUGUAUGCACCUCAAAAGCGCGCACGAUUGACCAUAAGCAGCGAUGAAGAACAGAUUUGAAUAGCAUGAUUGUAUUUUGAUAAAUUUUGAAUUCCUUUAGUUACUUUAUUUUUUUAAGUUUGUUAAUUUUUUUAAUUAUA